AGCAGGCAGAGGGAGAUUUGAGGACAAACAGAAAAGGAGGAGACAAUGUGAUCUGGAAGACAGAGACUGGAGUGAUGCAGCCACACAUCAAGAAAGAGGCCUUCUUCAAGGAGCCACACAUCAACGAGAACACCUUCUCCCCAGAAACCUCUGGUGGGAACAUGGCUCUGCCUACACCUUCAUUUUGGUCCCGUGACACUGAUUUUGGACUUCUGGCUUCCAGAACUCUCUGGUCCAUCAGUAGCAUCUGCCUGAAUACUAUGUUGAGGAACAUCCUGAAGUCAAAUCUGGGAUGUAGAGAAAUGAAGUUUGUGACUAGGUAA